CCGCCGCUUCCGCUCGUCCUGGGGCCGCCCGGGGAACCAGGACGUGCCGCCUGGGCUCUACGUAGCCGGCCGCCCUUGGUGGGGCCCACAGCGUCUGCACAUGAGGUCACGAGUUGGCGACUGGACUGGGGCCAGGUCACCCCCUUGUUAUCCCUCAAUCCAGGGGCUCCCUGCCGCUGUGGGUCUGGGAGCUGAGGUGGCCCUGGAGGCCCAGGUCCAGCUUCUGCCAGGGACUCAGGCCCUGACCCGGUCCCCACCAGCCGCACCUCUGCAAAGUCCCUCCCAGAGCCCUGAACUAAGUCCAGCCGGUCCUCCUGGCACGGAUGGGGAAACUGAGGCCCAGGGAAGUGGAGUGGCUGGCCCUUGGCCACACAGGAAGAGAUGAAAACAGAGGCCCAGAGAGGUUAAAUUAUUGCCCCAAAUCACACAGCCAGUUGGGGCAGAGCUGGGGUUCAGACCCUGGCCUGCUGGUGCCCCCACGGCAGCGCCCUCGGUGCCCCCCCACGCCCCGCCCCCUCCAGAACCUCCUUCUGCUGUGGACCUUCCUGAACUGUGGUUUAGGAGGCAGUGCUCAGGGUCCAGGUGAGUGGACCCCGUGGGGUUCCUGGAGUCGCUGUUCCAGCUCCUGUGGGCGGGGUCUCUCCGUGCGCAGCAGGCGCUGUGUCUGGUUCCCUGGGGAAGAGCCGUGCUGGGGAGACUCCCACGAGUACCGUCUCUGCCGUUUGCCAGACUGUCCCCUAGGGGCCAUUCCCUUCCGAGACCUCCAGUGUGCCAUCUACAAUGGUCACCCUGUUCUUGGCAGCCAGAAGACUUACCAGUGGGUGCCCUUCUAUGGUGCGCCCAACCAGUGCGACCUCAACUGCCUGGCCGAGGGCCACGCCUUCUACCACAGCUUCGGCCGCGUCCUGGACGGCACGCCCUGCAGCCCGGGGACGCAGGGGCUCUGCGUGGCUGGCCGCUGCCUCAGCGCCGGCUGUGACGGUUUGCUGGGCUCGGACGCCCGCGAAGACCACUGCGGCCGCUGCGGCGGCGCCAACGAGUCGUGCCUUCUGGUGCAGCGCGUGUUCCGAGACUCCGGUGCCUUCGCAGGGUACUGGAACGUGACCCUGAUCCCGGAGGGUGCCAGACACAUCCGUGUAGCCCACCGGAGCCGCAACCACCUGGCGCUGAUGGGGGGCGACGGGCGCUACGUGCUCAACGGGAACUGGGCGGUCAGCCCACCCGGGACCUACGAGGCGGCGGGCACCCGUGUGGUCUACACCCGCGAGGCAGGGCCAGAGGAGAUGCUGAGCGCGGCUGGGCCCACCUCCCACGACCUGCUCCUGCAGGUCCUCCUGCGGGAGCCCAACCCCGGCAUCGAGUUCGAGUUCUGGCUCCCUCGGGAGCGCUACAGCCCCUUCCAGGCGCAGGCGCAGGCGCAGGCGCAGGCCUUGGGCUGGUCUCUGCGGCAACAGCAGCCUGGGGAGGUGGUCGGGCAGCCCCUAGAGCGCCCAGCAGCCCCAGCUACCUAUGUCCCACGGAUCCCAACGCCCGCCCCAGGUGAGGUGGCAGGGCCGGGGACGGAGCUAGCAGGGAGGGAGGCCUGUGCCCCUUACGGUACCGCCCCCGCAGACCCCUGCGCACCCUGCCCUGACACCCGAGGUCGCGCCCACCGGCUGCUCCACUAUUGCGGGAGUGACUUCGUGUUCAGGGCCCGAGUGCUGAGCCGCCGGCAUCAGGCCCAGGAGACCCGCUACGAGGUUCAAGUGCAGCUCAUCUACAAGAACCGCUCGCCGCUGCGAGCCCUCGAGUACGUGUGGGCCCUGGGUCGCUGCCCCUGCCCCCGGCUGGACCUCCACCGCGAGUACCUGCUGGCUGCCCAGCGCCUCAUCAGCCCAGACGGCACUCAGGACCGACUGCUGCUGCCCCACACGGGCUAUGCCCGCGCCUGGAGCCCCGCGGAGGACAGCCGUGUGCGCCUGGCCGCGCGCCACUGCCCCCGCUGAGCCCCUCGACAAGGGCCCUGCUGCGUGCGGCAAGACAGGCACGCCGGACCAGGAAGCCAGAAGAUAUCUUACCCCUCGAAACUGUGUGUCUGCUUUGAUUCCCUUUGCCUCACACUCACGUUCCUGGAGACACUGUCACAAACAAGCAAGGCCCAAAGGAAGACGUUGUGAUACAUGUUUCCGCUCCUGCCCUUGCUACCAGGAAGCUCGCUGCUGUUUAACGCCCUGACGCCCUGUGCUUUCUCUUCUCGCAGACACACAUAGGCUGUGUAUAGUCAAAGACGCUCGAACAAACAGGCCCACUCCCCAGAGGACAUGCCUGACGAAACUAUAAUGUCCCCGCUUCCCGCUUUCCUGGCUACCAGCAAGUCCAGAGAUAAUCUUGAGGGCCUUGUAGUUCUGGCUGGGUUUCUUUCUCUCCUUCCCUCUUUCUCUCUUAAAGCUUUUAUUUUAUUUCUUAAGCUUUUAUUUUU